UUAUACCAAGUUUAAAGACACAUUUGGGGCAUGGAGAACCCUGUAGGUCAGAGCUAAAAUUAGAGGCUGCUCCUUCCGCGACAGCAGCCAAACUGCGAUGCAUAAAGUCAUGUAAACCGGGGGAUACACUAUCACAAGGGCUGGCAGUAAAAGUCAUGUAUUCCAUGGGUGACAUUUAACGCCACACGCUGACAGUGGAGGCUCUGUGCGUAACGCAGGGACAACGCUGGAUCUACACUGGGCACUGCUGCGCAAAUAAUGAGUAUUUGGUAGUGCGUUUUUGGAGACGCCAUAUGUACUCUCUUCAGCGCACAGCUUCCAUGAGUGUACACUUCUGCAAACAUGUCUUUUUUAUCCAUACCGAGACAAGAGGGCCUUUUCACCACGAUCAAAACCGGCAAAUCAGCAGACGCGGAGGCAGAGGGUAGAACCCCCAUGGACGACGAGGAGAAUUAUGAUGAUGAUGAUGAAGACGAUGACACCAACGUCCGCCUCAUCCCAAGAUGCUCCCCGGUGCCCAGAAAGCGAGGCCACUCCAUCCACGAUGAAACCGCCGAGUACAUGCGGAUCCAUCUGGCGCUGGCUGCCGGAAAGAGAGUGUCAUUCGCCGAUACAACAGGUGGGGAUCUGGUGGAUGUGAAGGAAUUCGUUGCCUUCGAUUCGGACGAGGAAGAGGGCAGCGCGAAGUGGGAGGAAGAGGAGGCAAAGUAUCGAAAGCCAGAGCGAAAGCCGACUUAUCAUGUGCACCCAGAGUUUAAUGCGCCCAGCGGCAGUGCCCUGCUGCAGGCUGUGCAGUCUACCAAAGUGGAGGUGGAGCAGAUCUCUCUUGUAGAGAAUGAGCCACUUGCUUUCACUGGGGUUAUACGAGUCCUCAACAUCUCCUUCAACAAAGCAGUGUACAUCAGAACCACCAUGGACAGCUGGGCCACCUACUUUGACCACCCAGCAGAGUAUGUCCAGGGGUCUCAUGAUGGAAACACUGAUCAGUUCUCCUUCAAGCUGUCUUUUGCACCACCUUACAUCUCACACGGCUCUCGCAUUGAGUUUGUUGUCCGCUAUGAAACCUCUGAUGGUGAUUACUGGGCCAAUAACUCCUCUAUGAAUUAUGUGGUAACUCUGCUUCUGUCCUACGAAGAUGAUUCAGCUCAGACAAACAACAACAAUCACCAAGUAAAAGGUAUCCUGAGACCUCCGAAAGCGUACAGUGCGCAGGAUAAUUUUGAUUCAGAGGAUGAGCUGGAAAAGGACAAAGCAGAAGAAGCAGUGACCUCCAGGUCAGGACUUGUCAGACCUACAGCUGUCUGCCCGGUCAUCGUACAUCCGGAGAUUGACAUAGAGAUUGCAGUUCACCCAUCUGGUCCCUGUGUCUCACCCAACCAAGAGCUUCCAUCUGUUGAUGGCGCACUGUCCGCUCACACUGUAUCCCCAGGUGAACAAUUCCCAUGUAUGUCUUCCGAAACCACGCUUCAAACUAAUUCGUCCUUUGUACUCUGUGCCAGCGAGUCGGUCCAGCCAAAUAAGUCACAGCCUUUACCCAGACACCACUGUGAAUUAGGAAACCAAACGUCAGAGCAGCCCAUAGACAGUAGUCCCUGUGCACUGCUGCCUGCCUCAACUCCCUCUCUACAGCAAGAGUCAAGCCCGAGAUCAGACAGCUCCCAGGCUGGCGGAGAGGAAAUCCCAUCCUCAGAGGCCUCGUGCAUGCAUCUUCCUACCACAGAGACGAGUCUGUGGCCAACAACGGGAGAGGAGGGAUCGACCGACAGCCCCCCCGGUCGUCCUCGUCUUGAACUGCCCGCUGAGUGCGUCUCUGCUCCCAGUGUGACUCAGGGCUUUGAGCAAGAGGUUGCAGUGGGAUUGAGUGAACUCGUUGCAGGAUUAUCAGAAGGUUCCACCAGGUCUGCAGCAAAUCACCAAGGCGGUACGCCUGCACUCUUGUCUCCUGUGGCAGAGAGUGAGGCAUCUCUGGGAGCAGAAGGUGAAGCUCCACCGUCACCUGAACUCACAGAGAGCCAAAACAUAGCUCUUCAGCCUGCCUCAGCCCGGAAGGAGAAGGAAGAUCCCCCCCAGAUUUCCCCAGACACAUUAUUAGAGAAUCUACCAAACACAUUGUCCGAGCUGCAGCCCGAGUAUGAUGUAAACAGGAUUCUGAUGCCACCUGUCAUCUUUCUGAGUGGAGUCGUCUCCCUCUCGAUAGCGAUGCAGGACCCCAGUGCCCUCUUCCUCAUCGGACUACUAUUGGUCUUACACCGUUUGUGAUUAUGCCACAAAAGCUUAUUCUGAUCUGUUCUCAAGUGAAGUGCCUUUUCAUGAUUCCAAAAUAAGCCAACAAGUUAAAAAAAAAAACACGGAUCUCCUGUUGAAGUUGUGUAUCACUGUGUGAGUUUAGAUGAGUAGAUAUUUUCAUUAAAAGAAAGGGUACAAUUUACAAGUGUUUCAAUGCAAAGUCCAAUGCAAGGAGAAAGUAAUUACACAAAUAUUAAACAUAUUUUCAUGCAUUUUGUCAAACAAGUGUUCGAUAUUAGAAUAGUAGUUAACUAUUACCCUAUUUCUACAUCAGCAUUGUGAUCACUCUAAAGCACAGCGUAUCGUUAGAGAUGUUUUGUAAGUGGUCUGAUAUUACUUUUUUCUUGUCAUGUGGAGAUAGUGUACGUGGUGUUAUAUUCUGAUUUAACAAUCAGUCCUAUAAUGCGCUUGUUUUUUGUUUUUCUUUCGUUGUUGUUGUGAGCGUAGCUAAGGUUGUUGUCUGACCCCACUGCCAUGACUGAACUUUUGUGAAUUCCAUGUGUUGGUAUGUCUUUAAUGAAGGACAGAAAACAUGACCACAGUGGGACACUAAGGAGACUUGUUAUACAAAUGGUAUUUUGUUUACAAAAUGCAAAAGCAACACGUGGUUAUGUGAAGUAUUUUUGCCUUAAUGCCCACAGUAAAAAUCAGUUUGAAAUAGAUGCUGCUUAAAGUGUGAUGUGUGCAGUGGCGCCCACAGAAAUUUUUCACAGGGGAGGCCAGAUGGGGACAUGGAAAAUCUUGGGGUGGCACAUUGAAACUAAAAGCCAUAACUGAAUUUCAGGAAUUCCUUUUUGCUUAGCCCAGUCGAAAACUAUGUCAGUAUGGAGAGGUAGGAAUCACAUAAUGAUAUACUUUGGUUUCUUAUUUUAUAGUUAAUAUUAGUAAUUAUUUGAUGUACGUAGACUAAAGCAGGAUUUAUACUUGUGCAUCAGCUCUAUGCAGACCCUAUGCCGUAGUCUACACAUGUGGCCUACGCUGUUGUGAGCAUUUGCACUUGUGCGGUGGUGUGUCUGAGUCACUCUGCAGUUACACCUCCAAAACACUAGUUGGCGGAGAAGUUUCUGUGAAGUGCUAUAAAGUUUAGUUGAUUCAAAACAUGUAUUAAACACACAUUAAACAUGGCUUAAUAGAGACAAUUUCAAUCACAAGUACACAAAUCAGCUUCACUAUAACUCGCAGCAUUCACAGACAAAGCAUUUGUCUUUAUCUGGACACAUUUUCCCCACAAAUACAACAUGCCAAUGUUUUUAGUACAAGCCUAUGGCAUUUUACAUUGUAUAAAUUAGCCUACCGGCUAGCAGACUUUUCUUCUACUCAUAUGAAGCCAGGAACAACAGCAACAUUUACACAGGUCACGUUACAAAAUUUGGUUCCAUUACAGCUCACCGACAAAACAACUGUUUUAUAUUGAAACGCGUUUUCCGAACAAAUAUAACAUGCUAACGUUAUUAGCACAAGCCUAUGGCAUUUUACAUUCUAUAAAUUAACCUAGCAAAUAGCAGAGAUUUCCUCUACUCAUAUAAAGCCAGGAUAAAUCACACACAAGACUUAAAUUGUUGUUUUGUGGAGGCUUUAUUGUCUUCACAUGGUUUUCAGCUUACAAAAAUAGACAGGUCUGCUUUGCCGCGACUUGUAGUUAUAUCUCUGGGGAGGUGCACAUCAGGCUAUGGUGUAGGGAACAGAGUAGGCUCUACGUCGACGCAGAGGACAACCAGAGGAAGAACUGGGCCUGGGAUAACAUUUCCAACAAACUACAAAUGACUGAUAAAUUGUCCAAAUAUGUAGAAACGUAGUAAUUUCAGUGAUUUCCAUUGUCUUGCUACAGUAUUGUGGACUGUAGUGGCAGUGGCCGCUUUUGAAAACACGCUUUUGGGGGAACACUUGUGCAGGUAGGCAGUUGUCAGGGCGGUUAGUGCGGGGCAGUGUUAAAGCAGCUUUAGGCGAUUUGUUUUUCUUUAUAUCAGCUGGUUGUCCUUUUUCUUAAGAAGACAAAUACACAACCUUAAUCUUAAGGAGUACAUAGAUUGUAAGGGACAAAACAUUUACUGGGAACAAGCCAUUUCAAAUUUAGGACUGCGCCACAACCUCUUAAAAACAGUAAUGUUGGCCCCCAAUUAUUUUCACAGCCAUGGCCCCCCUGGCCCCCCCGCUUAAGUGGCGCCACUGGAGAUGUGAAAGUGAUAUUUAUCAUUAGAGAACACCAGCCUCUUCACUAUUGCACAUUUCAUUUGAUAUGUCUUCCUGUUGAUUCUUGCUAGUAAACCCAUAUUGUUGUUGUUGCACAACACAAACAUUUUAUAGCACUACUGUGGCAGCCUCACAGACAGGCUGAGGCACUGAAUGACAUGUUUGAAGUGAUGAAAGUUUUUGCAGUGUAUUGCCAUUAAACGUGGUCCUAUAUCCUG